UCUCCAGAGGAGGAGGACAGACCUGCGGUACAUCUGCAUUACAGAUCAGAACUUCAGCGGGAUCACACACAGACAGACAGAAUGAUGCGUGUUACUGUGCUGGUACUGCUGGCCUUCAUAGGCCUGCUUAAUACUGGACACUCUGAGCCUCUGCUCCAAACCCAAGAGAACUUCAAUUUGAACCGGUUUAUGGGAAAAUGGUAUGAUGUAGCAAUGGCGUCCAACUGUCAAUGGCUCAAGCGUCAUAAGGGAGACGCAGCUAUUGGCUCUCUGGAGCUGAAGUCCUCUGGAUCAUCAGAGACCAUCAGCAUGACCCGCAUUUCAUCCAGGCAUGGCACCUGUAAGUCCAUCAGUGGAGAAUAUAAGACAACCACAACACCUGGAAGAUUCAAGUAUCAUGUUUCCAAGUGGAAUGCUGAUGUUGAUGCCUAUGUAGUACACACAAACUAUGAUGAGUAUGCACUAGUGGUGAUGUAUAAACAGAAGGCAGGAGGUGACAAAACUACAUCUGUAAAACUCUACGGCCGCACCAUGGAGCUGCGACCCACACUCAUUGCCGAUUUCAAGGCUCUGGUGGCUGAACUGGGAAUGAGUGAAGAUACUAUAAUUAUAAAAAAAAACAAAGGUGAAUGCGUUCCAGGUGAGCAGGUCAUGCCAGAGCCGCAGGUCCAGAGGGCGAGGAGAAAUGUGGUUCUCCCGGCCGCUGAUGAGGGAUCGGGUGAUGACAUGCCCAUGUUUAAAGGACCUGAGGCCUGUAAGGCACAGGUGGAUUCUGGGCCUUGUUUUGGAAUGAUCCAGCGUUAUCAUUACAACUCUUCCAUCAUGACCUGUCAACCGUUCACUUUUGGAGGCUGUAUGGGAAACCAGAACAACUUUGUGACAGAAAAGGAGUGUCUGCAGACCUGUCGCACUGAGGCUGCCUGUAGACUCCCCAUGGACUCUGGUCCCUGUAAAGCAUACACAGAUCUGUGGGCCUUUGAUGCAGCCACUGGAAAGUGCGUGUCCUUCAAAUACGGAGGCUGCAAGGGCAACGGAAACAAAUUUUACAGCGAGAAAGAGUGCAACGAGUACUGCGGCGUUAUGAUGAGAGAUGGAGACGGCGAGUUUCUGAAUGUGAACUGAGAGUGACAUGAAGAAGCAACACAAAGCGCAACAUGGAUCAGUUUCCAGCAGCCAUUAACUUUUAGUAAUAACACAAAUAAAGACCUAAACAUUCA